CCGGAAGAGAUCUUUUUUGCCGUCUGUUCUGUUGUGUGUGUGGCGGUUGUUCGCAGCAAAGAGUGCGAUUAAUUCGGACAGAGAGGUGAGCGUGUGUCGCAGUCAUGCCGCCUGGGCCUGUGCAGAUCGUGCAGCCGGAGCCAAACAUCAAGGCCGAUGAACCGAAAGAUGAGACUCCAGCCACAAAGCCCAGUGUGGGAAUCAUCUACCCACCUCCAGAAGUCCGGAACAUUGUUGACAAGACAGCUAGCUUCGUGGCCAGGAAUGGACCUGAGUUUGAGGCCAGGAUUAGGCAGAAUGAGAUCAACAACUCGAAAUUCAACUUCCUCAACCCUAACGACCCUUAUCAUGCCUACUAUCGGCACAAGGUCAAUGAGUUCAGGGAGGGUAAAGGUCAGGAACCAUCCGCGGCUGUGCCUAAAGUCAUGCAACAACAGGCCUCACAGCAGCUUCCGCAGAAGGUCCAAGCACAGGUGAUCCAUGAGUCCGUAGUCCCAAAGGAGCCACCUCUUGAGUUUGAGUUCAUGGCGGACCCUCCCAUCUCUGCCUUUGAUCUGGACGUGGUGAAGCUGACCGCUCAGUUUGUCGCCCGAAAUGGCCGUCAGUUUCUCACGCAGCUGAUGCAAAAGGAGCAGAGGAACUACCAGUUUGACUUCCUGCGACCUCAGCACAGCUUGUUCAACUACUUUACCAAGUUGGUAGAACAGUACACAAAGGUUUUGAUUCCCCCUAAAGGUCUUCUGCAAAAACUGAAGAAGGAGGCAGAGAAUUCCCGUGAUGUCUUGGAUCAGGUGAGGUAUCGUGUGGAAUGGGCCAAAUUCCAGGAGAGAGAACGGAGGAAGGAAGAGGAGGAGCGAGAGAAGGAGAGAGUGGCUUAUGCUCAGAUUGACUGGCAUGAUUUCGUGGUAGUGGAGACUGUGGACUUCCAGCCUAAUGAGCAGGGUCAUUUCCCUCCUCCCACAACCCCUGAGGAGCUGGGUGCUCGUAUCCUGAUCCAGGAGCGUUAUGAUAAAUUCGGAGAGAGCGAAGAGGUUGAGAUGGAAGUGGAAAGUGAAGAUGAGGAGGAUGAGAGGCGCGGCAGGGAUGAUGGACGCCCCGCUCAUCUGGACCAGGACACACAAUUGCAGGACAUGGAUGAGGGCUCUGAUGAAGAGGAGGAUGGUAUGAAGGCUCCUCUGCCUCCAGAUAACCCCAUGCCUCCUCCACUGCCCCCCACCCCGGACCAUGUUAUCAUCCGCAAAGACUACGAUCCCAAAGCCUCUAAGCCUAUGGCUCCUGUGGCCACCCCUGAUGAGUACCUCAUCUCACCUAUCACCGGUGAGAAGAUCCAAGCCAGUAAGAUGCAAGAACACAUGCGUAUCGGUCUGCUGGACCCGCGCUGGCUGGAGCAGCGUGACCGCAGCAUCCGUGAGCGUCAGAUCGAAGAGGAAGUGUAUGCUCCCGGCCUGGACAUCGAGAGCAGCCUAAAACAGCUGGCCGAGAGACGUACCGAUAUCUUUGGUGUGGAAGAAACGGCCAUCGGUAAGAAGAUUGGAGAGGAGGAGAUACAGAAACCAGAGGAGAAGGUCACAUGGGAUGGUCACUCGGGCAGUAUGGCUCGUACACAGCAGGCGGCUCAAGCUAAUAUCACCCUGCAGGAACAAAUUGAAGCGAUCCACAAGGCUAAAGGUCUGGUGCAGGAGGAUGACACCAAGGAGAAAAUCGGCCCCAGCAAGCCCAAUGAGAUUUCUCAGCCACCUCUGCCCUCAUCAAGCCCCCUCCUGCCCAAACCCACCCCACCUAUGAACACCAUGCCCAGACCGACACCCAUGAUGCAACAAGUGCGGACCACAUUGCUCCCAGGGGUUCCCGUCAUUUCUCAAUCCCCAAUGGCUCCUGUGGUGCGCCUGACCCCAAUGCCACCCAUGCUGCAUGCCCCCCGCAUCAACGUGGUGCCCAUGCCACCCCCCACUGCACAUAUGAUGGCCCCCAGACCUCCACCUAUGGUGGUCCCUGCCUCGUUUGUACCCGCCCCACCCAUUCCUCAACCACCCAGUUCUGUUUCUGCCCCCCUCCCUCCUGCCCACCCUCCACCGCCUCAUGAUGAUGAACCUUCCAACAAGAAGAUGAAGACCGAGGACAACCUGAUUCCAGAAGAAGAGUUCCUGCGCAGGAACAAGGGACCUGUUGCAGUUAAGGUGCAGGUGCCAAACAUGCAGGACAAGACAGAAUGGAAGCUAAGUGGCCAAGUGCUCAACUUCAACCUGCCUCUCACAGAUCAGGUGUCUGUCAUCAAGGUUAAAAUUCAUGAAGCCACUGGUAUGCCUGCUGGAAAACAGAAGCUGCAGUAUGAGGGUAUUUUCAUCAAAGAUUCCAACUCUCUGGCUUACUACAACAUGAACAAUGGGGCUGUCAUUCAUCUUGCCCUUAAGGAAAGAGGAGGAAGGAAGAAGUAGUUUUUCCAUCUCUGUGAUCUUCACUUCUAUCCUCAACAGUCAUAUAUUGCUUAUAAUCUGUACUUCACAGAACCCUGUUUUGUGCUCUUUAGUAGAAAUAAUACACAGUAAUUGUAUUUCUUGUGUAAACCUCAGUGUAUUUGAAACAUUUAAUAUGUGAAUGAUAUGUCACUGAACUUGUUACUUGUGAGAUUGAUGCACAGUUAAAUUAGUUAAAUAGUUUCUGUCUUCAAUGAAAUGAUGGUAAAAUGUCAUUUGUGAAUUAAAAAUUAAGCUUUGAAACAACAUUUUGUGGCAUACAUAAGUACUUUUGUGUCUCAUAGGUAAAUCUCACCAAUAAAUUUGAAUAAAAAGUCA